AUGGAUGUAUCCAACGGAGAAAUGCGAAUAUAUGUAAACGAUGUAUUACAGCCAGUUACAUAUCCAAUUUCAGAGAUGAGUGGAUAUUUUUAUCUUGAACAAGAAAGUUCAUAUUCAAUUAUAGCGACAUCUCUUUGUGAAGAACAACGAGCAUAUUUUCCACUGAUGGACUUAAAUAUUAUCGGAAGUGCCGAAUAUUAUUACGUUGAUGACUCAGUCGUCAUAUUCUUUGAACCAGAAGAUGACGACAAAGAUUUAAAUUCAACAAAUCACUCAAUAAUUCAGCGAGAACCUCUUCGAUAUAUACCAAAUCGUUCAAAUUUACGAUAUUUCGAAAUUACUAAAAGAGCAUCAUCAUUUUCAUCAGAAUCAGACGAACAAAGUGACAAAUAUCUAAUAAUCCGAUUACUGACAAAAUUUGUUGAAAAUUCAGAAUGGUGUAAUCAUCUUGAUAUUAAUUUCGAAGGUAAGAUCACACUAUUCAACAAACACACUAUAAAUAUUAAAAUUCCACCAUUUGUAGUUGGUUGUACCAUUGGAUUUGGUAUCCAAGACAACGGAUUUUUUUAUUACACACAAAACGGCCAUUUAUUAGGCCAAGCUUUCCUAGAUUGCGAUUUUAAGACAGACUUAUAUUUCCAGAUGAUCUGUUCAUCUUAUAACGAACAAUAUUUUCUCAAUUUCGGACAAUUUCCUUUUUGUUACGACAAACUUAAACCAGACAAAACAUGGAGCUGCUGGACACCUAGCAGAAGCAUUGUUAGUCUCCAAGGACCUCAUCACUGGUACCGCCACAUCUUAGGUUUGUUAUCAAAAUACAAAGGAGUUUUCAUGUCCGAAAAACCAUUGAAAAUCUUCGAAAUUGUUUCAUGGGGAAACCACAUUUCAGAAAGUGCCGGUUUCGGUCAUCCUAGUAAUCCAGAAGUCUGCAACAUCAAAUUCCUCGAUCAUGGCAUUGUUGAAAACAAAACAAUUCUUCAGUUCACGAAAAACGAAAGUUAUAUGAAUUACAAAAUUAUCACAGAUUCAAUUUGUGAGAAAAGUCAAGAAUUUAAUUCAAACCGGAUAUUGUAUCCAACAGUUAUCACGAAGAACUCGAAAUAUUUCAUUAAUUUUGAUUUUUAUCCAUUUGCGAGUUCAAAUAGUUGUUUACCGUUAUUAAACGGAAGUUACAAACUUCCUAAUGGCAACAUUGUAUGUAUGGAUGAUAACAAAUCCGAAAUCCACAAUCUUUAUGAAGAUGAUGAAGUUGAAUCCCGCGAUUUACUAUUUUCAGGAAAAUUUGUUGGUAUUUUUCAAGGAAAAUUGUAUUUCAAAGUCAAACAUGAUACAUUAGUUGCAUAUGAAUAUACAGAUCCUUAUGAUGUCCUCAGUACUUUGAGAAUUGUUUAUCGAAAAGAAAAGUUUAAUUUAAUUUCACCAUUUCUUAUCCAAAAUGGUUAUUUUCUUGGUCAUAUUCCAACACCUAAUGAAAAAUUCAUAUGUUCAGUAUUUGAAGAUACAUUUUUAAUUGUUUGUGGAUAUCAUGAUGGUUGUGAAAUCUACAGAACAUUGACAAGUUAUUUUUCAAAUGAUUCAUUGAUUUAUUUUGAUAAUCAAAGUCACAACUUCAAAACAUGUCAUGAUCUUCUUUUCAAAGUCAAAUCAAUCAAAUUCUUGAGAUAUUCCAAACAUUGUUUUCAAAUCAAAUAUGAUGACAAAACUAAGUUUGUUACUAAAUUUGAUGAUUCUGAAUCACCCGAAUUUUUUGUUUAUGAGAUCGGGAAAGUCAUUGUUCCUAAAACUAUUGUUUUGUUGUUUAAACCACAACAACAUCUAUAUCCUUCAUAUUAUGAAGGCCAUCAGUAUGAUUUUGCAUGUUCCCUCAUUGAUUUUUUCGAAGGUGAUGGCGUUUGCAAAGGACCAGUUUUGAUCUUUGAACAUCAAAAAUUUUUAUGUCUCUCAGCAAAGAAAAGAUAUCAAUCAUUGAAUCACGACGAUCAAUCAACAACAGAAGAAUUCUCAUUUGAUGAAUUGAAUCAACCAAGAAAUAAUUCUAUUUCUUCACAAAUGAUUGAAGAUUUAAUGAACAAAGAAACUAUAGAAUUCAAUAUUUUUGAUGAAUAA